AUGGCGGAGAGUGUACGAUCAGGGGCCGAGAUAGGUGGGCAGAAGGACGUAGGGGCGAGGAAGAGGAAGAGAGCCUUUCCGUUCUUUAGCGGGGGCAGGGGUGGGGAUGGGAUGGUUACGGAUGAGCUGCUGGAAAACCUUCCGACGCAUGCCGAAUGUGACAUCUUGGUACGCCCUCUCAAGUCGAAUGGUAUAGACGCAGUUGCUGAUACAAUUGCUUCCCCAGCUCAGAGUCUAUCUAGAAAAAGUCGAAUGGGUAAGCCACCCACAUCCACCCCUCACAUCCUCACUCACCAUCAUCUAUUCCAGAUCCACCACCCCCUCCACCUCCCUGCCUUUCUCGCCCAAUACAACAAAUUCUGGUCCAUGUCCCCCUCUCAGCGCCGAGUAAAAGUACAUUCGAGGUGGACUGCUUUGUUGUUUAUCGUGCUCUGCUUGGGUGAACAUUUUGGGGAUGAAGAGAUGGGGAAGGAUCGGGAUUUGGAAGAACGUCUGCUUGUCGUCAGUCUUAUCCUUCUUCGAACUGAGCAAAGAGGGUGUGCUGAUCUGGGUUGGUGUGUUGGUAAGGCGACAGAAGAUUCAUUAUCCCACUCCGACUUCUUAGACCAGCCUUCGACAGAAACGAUCCAAACCAUCAUAUGCCUCAACUUGUAUCUCAACAAUAAGAACAAGGUGAAUGCUGCCAGGUCGUUGUUGGGGACGGCUAUCAAGAUGGCCUUUUCCAUCGGCAUGUCUAGGAUACCGGAUGAGGGGCCGGGUGUUGAUCCGCAAGGUAUCGUCGACCGCGAGCUCGGCCGACGUCUCUGGUGGUCCCUCGUCACCCAAGACGCCUACACAGCCUCCACCUCCGGCUUCACCUACCUCAUCAACCUCUCCCACACCUCCACCUCCCUCCCUUCCAACCUCAACGACGACGAUAUCCUCCCCCCGCCCCACUUUCACGCAAAACCUCUCAUGAGCGAGAGGGGCGAGAGGGGCGAGGUGACGACGGCGACGUAUCAUAUAACGAAAGUGGAUUUCGCGCUGGUGGUGAGGGGGUUUGUGGAUCUGGUCAAUAAAGAUUUCCCCAAUGCGGAUUAUGAAGGCAUCAUGGCGCUCGACCUCCAAUUCCGCCAAGUAUACGCCUCCCUCCCACCUCCCCUCCGCCCCGACCUGCCCCAACCAUUCUCCCUCUCCCAAACCAGCUCCCAACGCUACCUCCUCCCCCAACGUCUCUUCUCCGGCAUAACCCUGCACAACCGCAUCAUGCGCCUCCACCGCGCCUACAUGGUGCGCGGCUACGCCGAGGUAAAGUAUGAGUACUCGACCAGGGCGUGUUUGGAGUCGGCGUAUGCGCUGUUGGGGUUGGUGAGGCAGGAGAGGGGGAUUUUGUGUAGGUGGUGGGUUGUGUUGGUGCAGGUUUGGACGGGGGGGUUGAUUAUUGGGGUGGAUCUGCUCCGGGGCCGGGGCAGGGUGGGGCAGGGAGGGGAGGAGGGGUGGGGGGAGAAGCAGAGGGAGGCGUUGGGAGUGGCGGUGUCUUUACUCGAGCCGAUAUCAAAAUCGUCGCCCGUAGCUGCGAGGGGCGUCAAAGUCCUCCGAGCACUUAUCGCUUCAUCGUUCAACCCACCUCCUCCUCCUCCUCCUCCUCCUCCUCCUCCUCCUCUGGCGGUCCCCUUACCACCUCUCGCUCAACGUCAACGAUCACAACGUGCCGACGACAUUGGGACGGGACAUCUAGGCGAGAGUCGGGUGGCAGAGUGGGGCACGUCGUCGCAUCUUCAGUCUAAUGGCGGGGUAUCGUCAUCGGAUAGGCUGGAGAGCGUGGGGAGAGACGGGGAGGAGGAUGGGAGGCGGAUGAGAGGAUCGAGAGAUAUGGAAAGUCAGCGUAUGGGUGGUGGUCAGCUCUCGGACGGGGGGAAUCAGUUCGAGCUGGGUCACACAUCCCUCAACGACCUCGACUUGUUACUCCAGAAUGCGCCGAGCUUUGUGCCGUCGGGGUUGGAGGGGGAGGCGGAUGAUCCGGCGGUGGCAGAGUUUUGGGAGAGCUUGUUUGGGAUGGGGCAGUGGUGA